AUGCUGCAGGAGAUAUUACCCCUCGAUCAUGAUUGGAAGAUGCUGCAGGAGAUAUUACCCCUCGAUCUUGAUUGGAAGAUGCUGCAUGAGAUAUUACCCCUCGAUCGUGAUUGGACAAUGCGACAUGAGAUAUUACCCCUCGAUCGUGAUUGGACGAUGCGUCAUGAGAUUACUCUUGACAAGCCGCCUGGCUGUCAAUCAAUGUCCUGGUUCACAGCCGAGGAGUCAACAAAGGACACUCAUCUAGAGGAGCCGAGAACAAAAGGGCUUCCAUCGGAAUAUGCAAAGGAGCAACAAGAACCGAACAGGACAGAACAAGUGGUAUUACAAAAUCCAAAGCCGCAUAAACCAGAUGGGUUUACUCUAGCAAAACAUGUUAGAGAUCAGUGUGGGCCAACAGCUGACAAAUAUCCAGCCGAGGCAAAUGAACAAUUCUGGAUAGGUAGGAUGCACGUUAUUCCUGCGCAGAAAAGUAUGUAUUGUCCCGUGGAAAAAGUGGGGACUACUUUUUGGAGGCGUUUUAUAUACCAGGUUCUUCACCCAAGAAAAUAUCGACAUCCUUUCCAAGUACCCAUCGGAACAGCUUUGAUGGCAGACUACCCAAAGCCACAAAAAGGAGCAACUCGAAAGGAUAUCAGUGAUUUGUUCAAGUUUAUGUUUGUAAGGAAUCCUUACCAUCGGGUUUUAUCGGCCUUCGUUGAUAAAGUGUUUGUUCCAAAUCCACUGUUCUGGCGUAGGUUUGGCAAACCUUCAAUUCAGAUGUUCAGAGUAAAUGAUAGUCGAGAAUGUUUCCAUGACCCAACCUUUGCUGAGUUCGUGCAAUUUGUUACCUGGUCCGAGAAGAACAAGAAGAUGAUUGACCCCCAUUUCCUCAUGUCCACAGAAAUGUGUCUGCCGUGUGCAAGCAACUUUACGUUCAUAGGUAAAAUGGAGUCUUUUAAAGAUGAUUCUCUCGUCAUAUUUGAAAGGUUCAAUCUUUCAUCUUUGGCCACUUCGAUGGAGAAACAAAUGAAGACAUAUGCUGCGGAGGAUGCUAUAUCAGACAGUAUCUCCAGUCCGUUUGCAUGGAAGAAAUCGAUUGUGUCAUGUAUGGCUUGGUAUGAUGCCUUGCAUAGAAUAUGGAGAAAACUGCAGCUGCGGGGUCUCAUCGAAUUUGACAUCAAGAUGCCUUUGAAUGAAAAGCAAGCGGAAAAGGUUACUCGGGCAGAAAUGAUAAAGCUGGCCAACGAAGCAUGGAAAAAGUCGAAUCCGAUGAAGUUAAAGGAGCAAAAGACAAUAGCAUUUAAUCAGUUUUAUAUGUCUGUGCCUUUAAGAGCGUUAAAUGAGUUAAAGGAUGUGUUCGCACGUGACUUUUACUUGUUUGACUACGAUAAAGAACCGCCUGAAAUCUUUGACAGAAAAAGAGAAUAUAUUUCUGUAGAUUAUGCCUUGAAAUAA